AUGGUCGUCAUAUCGGGUGCUGAAGAACUCCCUGUAAAGGACCGUUCUGAGGUUUAUACUCUGCUGAAAAGAGGGGCCGAGCAGCGUACAACGGCAGCAACACGCAUGAACAUGAAUUCAAGUCGGUCACACUCGAUUUUCACAGUUAGCGUCGUGAUUCGAGAGAACACUUCUAAUGGCGAAGAACUAGUCAAGCAAGGUAAACUCAACUUGGUUGAUCUUGCUGGUUCUGAACAUAUCGGACGAUCUGGUGCGGAGGGCAAACGCGCUAAGGAAGCAGGAGAGCAUUUCUACUUUGGAGUACGCAGCAAGAGCCAAAUCUAUAAGAAAUCAUCCAGAGUGCAAUCAAAAGCUGUCCAAAGGAAGGCUUUGCUCAAGGAGUACAAUGAGGAGAUUGAGAAACUCCGUAGAGACCUUCGCACUGCACGGGAAAAGAAUGGAAUCUUCCUUAGUCAGGAAAGUUAUGAAGGUAUGGAGCAUGAGAUUGCAGAGAAAACUGAGCAACUGCGAGAGUUGGAAGGACAGUUGGAUGCUGCCAUAGGAAAACUGCAAAAGUUUAUUGAGGAUCAAGAGCUUAUGGAUGAACAAUAUCGCGAGUUAUAUCACCGCAAUAAGAGGCUUGAAGCGAAGCUUCGACAACGAGUUGAUGAGUUGGAUAGCACGAAGAAAGCACGUGAUAUGGUCUUCGACCAACAGCUCGACUUAGAAGAUUGGUGGGCGAAAGAGGAAAGACUAUCCCAGCUGAUAGUUCAGAAUAAGCAAGUUGUCGUCGCCGCCCGUGCUAAGAUGUUGGCAGAAGUAACGGCAUGUUGCAGCGCGAUUUCCGCGUUCAUUGAAAAUGGCGCGGCAAAGCGUGAAGCUAUCAACAAAGCUGUCGGUGCGUUCCUUCACUUGGCUUGCUGCGCAACAUAA